AUGGUGCUACAACACAUCAACUUCUAUACCAAUCAACCGAUCCUCAUGAAAAUUGAUAUACUAAUAACAAAGAGUGAAUUACUAGAGAUUAUUGAAAAUGCCAUCCAAAAAAUCAAACUGAUUCCGCGCAUUCCAAUGGUUCGUACUGAUUUGCCCUUUACAUUCAAACGACUACAGUUUCCUGUGCGUCUUGCUUUCUCGAUGGCAAUCAACAAAGCCCAAGGGCAGUCUCUGCGCGUUGCCGGAUUAAAUUUAGGAAAUCCAUGUUUUUCGCAUGGUCAACUGUAUGUUACUUGCUCCAGAGUAGGAAUUCCAAAAACUUUGUACGUCUAUACACCAAAUCGAAAAACCAAAAAUAUUGUUUACCCACUAGCGUUACUAGAUGUUAGUAUUGAUUAA